GCUAAAACAAUCUUGGUUGUUCGUGAGAAAUAUUAUGAAUGCUUUCACGUUGACGAGCUAAAGCGGGCGCUCGACUAGAAGGUCUACCCUCUUCUUACGGUUUCACCGCCUAGAUGGUGGACCCUAGUCAGUUUGACUGUGCAAUUUGCCAGAACCUUUUGCUGGACCCAGUUGUUGGCCCGUGCGGCCACGACUUCUGCCAAUCAUGUUUAGGGCGCUGGCGAACUGCCUCAACGCGGAGCUCUGUCUUGACAUGCCCGCUGUGUCGAGAGCCAAUACCUAGCGCGCUCGGCAUUUGCGUGCGGCUGCGGGAAACCAUUCAGCUGCUUUUUCCUGACAAAGUACGCGAAAGACGAGCUGAAGAGGAGCGAAAAGUUGCCCUUACCAGCGCAGCAAAUACAGUGGGACAGGCGUCCGCCAGCUCCACAAGCCAGCGUGCGUCAAACUCUUUUCGCACACCGCCUUCAGUGACAGCGGGUCAAGGAUUUUCACAGCUGUUGCACUCCCUGCGAGGCUCCGGGCGGCACACAUUUCGCCAUGCGGCCGCAACAGCAACAGCGGCGUCCUCAACGCCAGCAGGAGCCCCAGGGCCCGCAACGGAAACAGUGCCGACAGGGGCGCAGCCAUUCUCGAGCACCUGGGUGCCUCCCGCAACGCUCUGCUUCACGCUUGGUUGGCAUGACCCAGCCGAGACCCGCUUCGGGCGGCGUCGAUCGAUGGGACGCCGGAGGCGGGUCAGGGCGGCAUAGGUGAUGCGGCUACUGCAAUACAGCUGCGCAUAGCGGUAUCUAAGGACAUCAGGAGCGAGAUAGCGACGGCUGACUGCGCUCAUAGAUGACAUGAGCCAGGCAGCCGCCGCCUAACUGCAGCCGUGCUAGCGGCCUGGCGCGAUGUGUUGUUGCGGUGUCAUGUGUACCGUGACCGAGUGCGUUGCGGCCGUACUGUAAUGCCAUCUUGCAUGCCCCAAGGAAUUAACUGCGUGCAGGAGAGUGUAGUCAGCGGCCACAACUUACUGCGGUCUUUAAAAGCGUUGCUUGCAGGGCUGGUGGAUGCAACUGGACUGGGCGGGCGUGCGAUUGGUCGCGCAUCUGGAUGCGUCUGUCCGUGUUGCGGUGACGUGCCCGCUUUCCAAGUGAGUGCCUAGCAAAGGCGUCGGAGCGCGCUAUGACGAGCCACUUGACGAAGCACUUCGGUGCUUGGCCAAGAGGACAUACCUUGUUACCAUGCUGGGCACACGGCAAGGUGCAACUUUUGUCGGCGCGUGUUCUUGGAAGCUGCUAGUGCAAGCGGGUGUCUUGCUGUUGCAAAACGGUUAUGGCGCGAGACAGCGCCGUUGUAUGAUACGUUGUGGCCAAAAAUGCCGAUGUGAACUGAGAUCGUCUUUCACCCCUUCGUGUGCAGGGUGUGCUCCAUGGUGUGACUGUGCGGGGGCGCGCUGGGGAUCAUGCAGCUGUCGUGUUGCUCGAUGGGCUGUUCCAUUCCCCGUAAACACGCCUGUAUGACAAAACGUGUUUGCGUAGGGAAAAUAGCUCCAUGCGCAGCGCUGUGCCUGUACGUGUCGCAGCCGUGUGUAGCUGAAAUGCAUGGGAAGCCAUUACUUCUCUGUUGCAUAUCGCUUCCUGUUGUACCCCACUUGAAGGUGCUAAGGGUCGGUGAGAGGCUUUGGCUGUGAUGCCGAAGGCCAUCAGUCUUCCUUUAUUGAGGGCCAUGGCGCGCCCGUUCAGUUGCGGUGCCCCGUGCGGUAUUGGGUUAGCGCAAUCAUUUGGAUUGUCGGCCCCCAGGACUUUGGCCGACAAGCUGAUGGCUGCGGUUUGACCAAGUGCUGGUACGGACAUCAACGUGCGACUGCCCAUCCUACACUGCUGCUAGUGCGGAUAUGAAUAAGUUUGUACAAGUUUUCACUCGCCCCCUGAGGGGGGGGGCACCAGCGGUCAUGAGGUUUGGACAUUGUACUAGGCUACUUGUUGGCGUAUGUGCCACCGGACGGCACCUGUGCACUCCAGCAAUGCCUAUUUGUUGUACUUUUUUGAGGUAUAAGAUAUAUUAUGCGAAUUUCACCAUCGCAACGAUCUCAUGCAGCUAUUUUAAGACGGGGUCAAAUGGUUGACCUUCCUGUCGCAUAUUCUGUAACUCUACGGCUUUCUUUGUUUACUGGCGUGGGAUGUAUUUAUAAGGUAUCUUGAAAUGUAG